AUGGCGGCGAAGCAGCAGUUCCGAAAGGAGAAAGACACGUUCGGGGACCUCCAAGUCCCAGCGGAGAGGUAUUGGGGUGCUCAGACACAGAGAAGUUUGAUGAAUUUUGAUAUUGGUGGUCCCACUGAACGCAUGCCGCCUCCCCUGAUCAAAGCCUUUGGAGUUCUAAAGAAGGCAGCCGCUACUGUCAACACAACCUAUGGUCUUCCAGAAGAUAUUGCCAAGGCCAUUGCUGCCGCUGCGGAUGAGGUCAUUUCUGGCAAAUUGAUUGACGAGUUCCCGUUGGUCGUCUUCCAAACUGGAUCUGGAACUCAAACCAACAUGAACGUCAACGAGGUCAUUUCCAACCGAGCCAUCGAGAUGAUGGGAGGCGAGCUGGGAAGUAAAAAGCCCGUUCAUCCGAACGACCACGUCAACAUGAGUCAAAGUUCAAAUGAUACAUUCCCCACCGCUAUGCACGUCGCUGCUGUUGUUGAGAUUAAUUCGAACCUCCUGCCAGCCAUGCAGGAGCUUCACGAUGCUCUGUUGGAGAAGCAGAAAUCUUUCGAGAACAUUAUCAAGAUCGGACGUACGCAUCUUCAAGAUGCGACCCCCUUGACUCUGGGCCAGGAAUUCAGCGGAUACGUCACUCAGGUUGCUAGAGGUAUCGACCGUGUCAAAUCGACAGUCAAACAUCUCAGCAUGUUGGCUCAAGGUGGUACAGCUGUUGGUACCGGUUUGAACACCAAGAAAGGCUUUGACGAGAAGGUCGCCGCAGAAAUUUCGAAGAUCACUGGAUACGAAUUUGUUACUGCGCCUAACAAGUUUGAAGCCCUUGCCGCGCAUGAUGCCGUUGUCGAAGCGUCCGGAGCUCUCAAUACCGUCGCCGUCAGCUACAUGAAGAUCGCCAACGACAUCCGAUUCCUUGGAUCUGGACCUCGCUGUGGUCUUGGCGAACUCGACUUGCCAGAAAACGAGCCUGGUUCGUCCAUCAUGCCUGGAAAGGUCAACCCCACGCAGUGUGAAGCUUUGACCAUGGUCGCCGCCCAGGUCAUGGGCAACAACACUGCUAUCACUGUUGGAGGUGCUACUGGACACUUUGAGCUCAACGUCUUCAAGCCCGUCAUGAUCAAGAAUCUGCUCCAAUCCAUCCGUUUGUUGGCAGACGGCUCCCGAAGCUUUACAAAGAACUGCGUGGUCGGUAUCAAAGCCAACGAAGAGAGGAUCAAGAAAAUCAUGAACGAGAGUCUGAUGCUGGCCACUUGCUUGAACAGUGUCUUGGGUUAUGACGAUGUUGCCAAGAUUGCCAAAAAGGCCCACAAAGAGGGUCUGACCUUGAAGGAGUCUGCUAUGCAGUUGAAGGCUCUGUCAUCGGAGGAGUUCGAUGCCAAGGUUCGACCUGAGCUUAUGCUUGGACCUGAGGAUCCUUAG